AUGGCGUUCAACUUCAACUGGUCGCCGCUGACCGCGGAUGCGAAUUUUUACACCCGCGCACAGGACCUUCUGACGGCCGCUCUCAAUAAGUCGCCCAAACCCCCGAUCAUUGUAGACGAUAUCAUCGUCACGGAACUCAAUCUUGGAUCUAUCCCGCCCGAGCUGGAAAUACUGGAAAUUGGGGAUUUGGCCGAGGAUCGGUUUCGGGGCAUCUUCAAGAUGUCCUACACGGGCGACGCCUUCCUGACUCUCAAGACUCGAGUCCAAGCGAAUCCUCUCAAUACGUAUCUCCUCACGCGACCGUCCUUUGCAUCGCCAUUGCCGCUUGCUGCAGCGACGCCGCUUACCAUCCCUCUGCAAAUCACCCUAUCCGAUUUCAAACUCUCCGGCUUCGUGGUGUUGGUAUUCUCAAAACAAAAGGGAAUUACGGUGGUGUUUCGGAACGAUCCACUAGAGUCGCUUAAGGUUUCAUCUACGUUUGAUUCGAUCCCGUUCGUUCGUGACUUUCUCCAAAAGGAAAUAGAAGGCCAACUUCGAAUCUUGUUUAUGGAUGAACUUCCCGCUAUCAUUCAUCGCCUUUCGCUUCGAUUAUGGGUCCCGGAAUAUCGAAGUGGGGAGGAACUGGAGACUCAAGCAACCACUGCUACUGCAGAAGGUCCUGGACAAGAUCCCUUGGCCAGUCCUCCGCAAGAUCCAGUGGAUGCCCUGGGUAAUGCUUUGAACGAAACGGAGAUUGCUUCGCUAUCUCUUGACUCUUCGGUGGAAACACACUCGUUGUUCUCCCAGAAGAACCUUCUGCGACUCGGUGCGCUCACUGAUUCUCAGCGGACAUUAUCGCUUUUCACUCCAUCUAUACGGGAAGUCGUGUACCGCGCAUGGACGUCUCCUUCCGAUGCAGGGGAUGCUACUGCAAGUGUCAUGUAUCCAGCAAGCCCCGCCCUCUCCCGGACCCAUUCCCAGAUUGGGAACAUGUCAUCAUCCUUCCCAGAUACGGCCAGCAUGAUAUCGUCGCAAACCCGAUCCACGGCUUCCACACACACUUAUAGUAGUUAUGGCUUAAGCAUGGGGGCUAGCAGGCACUCCAAGGCGCAUUCGAGAAAGCGGAAGAAGCGCGUCGUGGACCUGCGGCGUCCUAAGACAACGGAUGAUGCCGCGAGUGUUAGCGAUGAGAGUGCCUUUACCGAAUCUACCAGUGCUCCAUCUGUGUACUCGGCCCCCCUUCCCAUUGUGAGGGAACAAGUUGAUGAUCCAGUGACCCCGCCUUUAUCCCCUGAGACCGGCCUGCAUCUUCCAGCUAUCCCAGAAAGGCACCGCAUGAGUGUCUCGAGACCCGGUCCUCGCCGUCUGACCGAUAUUUACGGUCAACCCGGGGAAGCAUCAUCCUCAGCUGAGCCCUACCGCAAUUCGGAAGUUAUCGAUGUGGACGCGACACCAAAAGGAACCUUGCGCUCGCACGUCGGCCCUGAGAAGCUUGAGGCUGAGCUUCAGAGACAAUUACCUUCCGCUGCGCUCCCUUUUACUGAUGAGAAGGCAAACUCCAGUGGCGUUGAUCAAGCCCUAGUUGAAAGGCUGGCAGGAGAAAUUGCGCGCCGCAUGCGCGAGGAAAAAAUAUCCAACCCCAAUUCCUGCAGUCCUUUCUGGGACCGCCUGAGCCAUGAGGAAACUCCUCCCCCGGCCUACGGCCAUUGA